UUGAAAUGCAAAGACCCAAAUGGCGUUCCAUACUUUCCAGUGAACGACACACUGACGUCACGUACAGAUGCGCGUGACUCUUGACUGCAAAUCCAGCAACGCACCUGCUGUGGCAUGGAGAACUCCUCUUCAUCCACCUACGAUGGUGAUGGUUAACGAAGCGCUGAAGGAGUUGGACUCUCGAAAGGGGGUCUCCUCGCAGGCCAUUCGCGGAUUCAUAACAGAGAAAUAUCCAUCUGUGGACCUGGUGAGGUUGAAAUACAUGAUACGCAAGACCCUGAAAAAAGGAUUCGAGGGAGUACAGGGGAGGUUUCGGGUAAGUGAUCCAUUGACAGUGUGGCAAAAGGUCACUGAGAACACUGAUCCCAAUGUGGAGAAGGCACCAAAGGCUGCAAAGGUCGGAGCCAAGAAGACUAAGGACCAGGAAGCCGGUAAACUGAAACGAUUGUGCUCAUCACUCCUAGGAUUUAGACAUCACCCUAUAAUCUGCCCAAUUGUAUGGGAUCAUUGUUAUUGAGCUACAUCCAUUGCAAUGGAGGACAUUUAACAUUGCUCAUUCAAUGACUUGUAUCGGUAUCUCACUUCUCCUCAUUGUGUCCAUGAUUGCAUGCAUACACACACAUCACUAACCUUUGUCUCUAGAAGCUGAGAAGAAAAAGGCUACAGCCAAAAAGCA